GGGCAUAAAACAGUCUGGGUGACGACUUCAAUAACAUGACACAUGAUCAGUAUCUAUCUCUUGGGAAAUAUAUCGACAGGUGUUAAUUAGUAUUAAUUAAUUAGUAAUUAAUUACCAGUACCACUUUUGUACGAUUUCAUACAUAUGGUAUAGCAAAGUCAUACUAUAAAGGACGUACACAGAUCGAUAACUAACUAAUAUCGCUAUUCGCCGGUUUUGUUGGUAAAAAUUGAAGUUAAACUAUUCAGCAAUUGUGUAGCGUAUUAAUAUUUUUGGUGUGGUCACAAAUUUUGACAACUUGUUGACCAUUCUUCUAUCUCCACCGAAAGAACUAUCGUCACGAUGAGCGGCUUAUUGGUCAUCUUGGGGUCGGCAGCAUCCGCUAUUGUUGCUGUUUCCGCGUAUUACACACUAUUUGUGAAGAAGAAGCCUAACGUGUACACAGGAAAUGAAAAGCUGAGGACCUUUCUGGACAAGAAUGUUCCCAUGUUGAAGGAUAACUUCUCGCCGUCCCCACUUUAUUGGGAAGGUCGACUUCAAACCGUGCUUGGUUUGGUUUAUCGAGAUGUUCCCCCGGCUAGAUUUCCGUAUCAAAGGGAAUUAUUCAGUCUGAGUGAUGGAGGCGAAGUUGGAUUGGAUUUCGCCAUGGUCGAUACUCCAAAAGACGGGAAAUCCCUCCUGGUUAUGUUUUUCCCUGGACUGACGAGUUCUUCUCAAUCCUGCUAUGUACGAACUUUGGUCACAUCUCUGAACAACAUUGGUGUGUCGGUUGUUGUAUUUAACAAUCGAGGACUUGGAGGAGUACCGUUCAAGACUCCGAGGACAUUUUCAGCCUCAAGUACAGAAGAUGCGGUAGAAGUGAUUCAGUAUUUGAAACAAAAGUACCCUGGACAAAGAAUGAUGGGGUUGGGAACAUCAUUGGGAGGGAUGGUGCUUUGCAAGUAUUUGGUCACAUAUCCAAAAGAAGCUGCCGAAAUGUUUGAAGCUGCUACAAUAAUCUCGAUAAGUUGGGAUGCGAAUGGAGGAACUGCCAAUUUAGAGAACAACUUAAUUAAUCGCUACCUAAUUAAUAUGCAACUGACAAAAUCUCUGGUCAAUCUUGCCAAAAAAUUCCUUAAAACGGUUAAACCCCCCGAGACCUUUGACAUGGAUGCGGUUAUGAAGGCUAAAACCGUUCGUGAGUUUGACGCGGCUGUCACUGCGCCUCAAUUUGGAUUUUCGACCGUGGAAGAUUACUACGCCUCUGCUACGACGAAGGGUCACGUUCACAAAUUUCCCAUUCCGGUUUUCUGUCUUAAUGCUGAGGACGAUCCAAUGUGCCCGGAAAGUGAUCUACCUACAGACGAAGCAUCAGCUACAGGGUCAAAGCUGGCCCUUGUAAGCACGAAGUAUGGUGGUCAUCUAGGAUUUUUGGAAGGGACGGGAAACAAACCGGUCCAUUUCAUGGAACGCUUUGUCGAACAGCUCGUUUCCGGAAUUCGACUACAUGGACAAACUGAUCUUAAGUUGUAAUGAAAGUGAGACUUUAUUCGAAUUUAUGUAUUUCCAUAUACGUUAAGUAUACGCCAUAAAUUACAGGUAAAUAUUGUUGGUAUUAUCUAUUAUUUAUUAAUUUCUUUCUUGUUUGUCUUCUAUUUCCAAAAAAAAUUGCGUAAAGCAAUUAAAACUGUUCUUCUCACGGCUGGUGAAAUUCGUUCAUAUAUUUUAGUAACAGAACUGAAAUGCACACAAAAAGACACUUAUACAUUGAUAUAAAUUGAUUAAAUAACCAUUAUCCUGUCACCACUUA